AGCAUUAUUGAGAUUAUGGCGUUCGGUUGGUCGCAUGUAAUGGAGUCUCGUGCUGGGCGAGUUGGCCCUACGGCCGCGAGCAUGUGCCAGAAGCUCCAUAGUGAAUUCCAGCACACUAUGUUGAGGGUGAAGGACCCUAAGGUGACCAUUGACUUCUAUACAAAACACUUUGGGAUGAAACUCAUUCACAAGUACGACUUCCCUCAGUGGAAAUUCUCUCUCUACUUCCUCGAGACACCGAGGCCGGAUGCUGCUGGUGAACUGCCUACCACGGUUGGCACUCUGGAGAGUGAAAAGUACCUCUGGACGAUGCCUGAUAACUACUUGGAGCUCACUCAUAGCUGGGAUGAUCCUGUCGACUGGAAAGCCAAUAACGGGAAUGAGGAACCUCACCGAGGAUUCGGCCACAUCGCCUUCCAUAUAGAAAGUGAUGACUUGGAAGCCUCAUGUGAGGCACUUCAGAAGGAGGGGGUUCACUUCAGGAAGCUCCCAUCUCAGGGUAGGAUGCGCGAUGUGGCAUUCGCAACAGAUCCUGAUGGAUACUGGAUCGAAAUUCUUGCCCGCACUAAGGGAGGAGCGGCUUUACAUGGGACCAGCUUGGCACAGACUAUGCUGCGGGUUGUGAAUGCUGAGAAGAGUCUCAAGUUCUAUGUCGACCAGUUGGGCAUGCAGGUUGUCAAGUGCUCGGAUCACGGUGACUUCUCCCUCUACUUCUUAGCUUCUUUGACUCCCGAGCAAAAAGCACGGGCUCCCCCACCAGAAUCUGCUGAGGCUAAGGACUUCGUCAACAGCUUGUGGCAACCUGUUAUCGAGCUUACUCACAACCAGGAGCCGCCUAGCGGUGGGAAGUAUCACGAUGGCAAUACGUCUCCCAAGGGAUUCGGUCACACUGCCUUCUUAGUAGAUGACUUGGAUGCAUUCUGUGUUGCUCUUGAAGGACAGGCGGUCCCCUUCCAUAAGAGGCCCAACGAGGGCGCUAUGCGCAACAUCGCUUUCGUACUGGACCCCGACGGAUACAGAGUCGAGUUGAUACAGCGUGGCUUAACUUUCAAAGGUGUCGCUGAUGGGCUAGAGUGAGUAUUACUCACUGAGUAGUCGCUGAGCAUUAUGACUCUUGAUAUGCUCUAUA